ACGUAACUUGUCCACAUAGACCAGACAACAUCGUGUCCACAUACACUACAACAACACCCUAAAGAUGCUGGCUGCGGUAGUGCUUGUUCUGUGUUUGGCUGGGGGUCUGGCUGACAGGGACGGUCGCCAUGACGACAGCGACAGGCUAGAGAGGGAGCGCGAGUGCCCGAACGACGAGAUCGUCACGGGGAUUUAUAGUGACAGGGACAGGAGUAAUUCCAGGAGACCUCUCAAGAUUACCUGCUCUAAUGCCAAAAAUACGUGGAAAUGUGACAAAAGUGGUUAUGUCAACAAAUUCGAAGAUUCCUUCCACUACAAAUGUCCUUCUGACAAAGUCCUGACCGGCAUUAAAAGCCUGUACAACCCCCACGCCAACGACCACAGGUUCAGCUUCCAGUGCUGCAAGGUCAGGAGGUCAAGGCCAACCAACUGCCGGAGGUCAGAGAUGUACGACCUGAGCGAGGACGUCCGUCUCCGCGUCCCCCGCGGUUGGGCCGUCACGGAGGUUCACAGUUUCUACAAGAGGCGGGCCGAGGGCCGCAAGUGGCGGUUUGAGAUCUGCGAGCUGGAUAGACACCACCGUCAUCACGACGACAACUGAGAAGUUCUUCUGGGACACUCACAAUGGUCGUUUGAAAUACUGGAGACUUAUCGCUGAAAUAUAAAAAUGUUUCGAAAAUAAAUACAUUUGCUUGUAUAGGUCGAUGUGUUUUGUUCAAAAUUUAAAUAUCUGGAAUUACUGGUAUUUUAAAUGUAGAUGAGUAUUAAAAUGAAAUAUUAGAAAUUA